AUUAGACCGGGUGUGACGUAUGAUCAGCUGGUUCAGUCGUUCUAAGAGUGCGAGGGUUGGAAAGCUGAGGGAAGGCAUGCCAAUGUUAAUUCAAUGCUGCUGCUGGAGGUCUAUGCUGAAAACAAACAGACUGGCAACAUAGCAACAUGGCUGCUUCUGCGUCGAGCAGAGCGAAUAACAGAGAUAACGCUACUAAAGACAGUCCGAAAUACCAUGAAGAGUCUCAGUCGCAGUCACGGGAAAUAAUCAAACCUACCAUCACGGAGCUGACCAAAGAAGUGAGGACGAACAUCCUCUGCACCGUUGAAGGAUGUGGCAAGAUCCUCCCAAACACACCUGCAUUGAACAUGCAUCUUGUUAAGUCACACAGAAUAAAGGAUGGUAUUGUCAAUCCUACGGUCAGGAAAGACAUGAAGGGCUCUCAGAAGCUCUACUGCUGUCCAAUUGAGGGUUGUCCCAGGGGGCCGAACAGACCCUUCUCCCAGUUCUCCCUUGUUAAACAACACUUCAUGAAGAUGCAUGCAGAGAAGAAACACAAGUGUUUUAAAUGCAACAAUGGCUACAGCACUGAGUGGGAUCUCAAGAGGCACAUAGAAGACUGUGGGAAGACCUACCACUGUACCUGUGGCUGCCCCUAUGCUAGCAGAGCUGCACUACUCUCCCACAUCUACAGGACAGGACACGAGAUUCCUACCGAACACAGAAUUCCUCCAGUAAAAAAGCGAAAGAUGGAGAAACUGUUACGUGGCUCUGAAAAGGUAAAGAUGAACGCGUCGACCUGCCAGAUCAUGGCAGUGAGUCAAGACCUGACAGAGACUGCCCUUCCUUCUGAUACAACCAUCUGUAUCCCAGACUCAGUGAAUCAGAGCUUAAACCCCCAUAAGAGCCUUCAGAAGAUGCUCCUCCCAAAGCCCAAGAUGGCUCUGGUCAGUGUUCCUGUGAUGCACCUGGCCCACCUGCCUGUCCUCCUUCCGUCUGCAGAAGGCGGCGCUCUGAGGUCUGUUGUGCUGGCAGUGGACAGCCACGGCUCUGUUAGCACCCUUCACCUUCUGUCACAGCCCACGGGUGCCGUCGUGCCCCAAAUUGAUGCUAAGAGUCUGUGUUUCAAAAAUAGCAUGCCCGUGUCCCGCUCCAGCCUUGGGCCUAUUAGCACAGGGGUACAGGUCAGACUGGACCCUGCAGGCACAGAUGACUCAGCUAGCCUGGCAGGACAUCGAGGAAGAAGCACCUCUACCAACAUUCAGACGGACAAAUCAUACUUGUCGAAAAUGCCAACAGGAGUAGGGGUUGGUGAGGGACUGGCAUUGUGCUCUGUGGGCGAGUCCUCUGUGUCAUCCUGCUCCCAAACAGACAUCAGCGUAAGUGCCCAAGUCCUCCUGCCAGUCAGUGUUGAGACACAGACAUUCUCCUCCCGGGCCAGAGCCACAUCUUCUAUCGCAGCUCAGACAGACAGCCAGUGCGUGAGUCAAAUUCCUUUCUCGUCCUCAUCUCUGCCCCCAUACAAAACCAGGCAGACGCAGACAUGUUUUUCUGUGCCACAACCAGAGGAGAAGAUGCAGGACCAGGCUAUCAUGUGCUCUGACCUAUUCGAUAGCGUCUCCACUCAGACCGCUCUGGAGAUAGACGACACCCUCACUGCUGCAGGAGGUGGUAUGUGUUUUGGGGUGCAGACUGAUGAGCUCAACUCAAAUAAUAUGGCAGAUAACCAGACCCAAACAAUGACCUUGUUAAAUGACCUGGAAAAUAUUCUGUCCGACAGCAUGUCAGGCCACCAGGUGCUUUCUGUGGCGUCUGCAGGCUGUGGAGCAGGUCUAGGAUCUGUUCAGGAGCAACACACUGGCAUUGACUUUGACUUUGAAGAGUUUCUUAACGCAGUACACAUCCAGACACAGACAGAGGAGAGUGAGCUGGGGGGACUGGGUGGUGACACGCCACUGGAGUCUCUGGACAUCCAGACCCAGACUGACUUCCUCCUGAUGGAUGAACUGGACCAAAGUGAGGGACCAAGUCGGACCCAGGCCAGUGACCUGGAGCUAUUUGAUACUCAAACUCAGACUGACCUCAAUUUCCUGUUGAACGCCGGAAGCCACAUGCCCCUGAGCAGCAUCUUACGACAUUCAAGCUUUUCCAUGAGCACUGAGUCUUCAGAUACAGAAACACAGACAGAUAUCCCUUCAUUCGCAACAGGUCUCUCUGCUCCGACUCCUAUGAGUCAGGGUGAGCAGGCCCGGCUGCUGAACAGCACAGAGACACAGACAGUGACCAGCCAGUCAGACAGCCUGGGAAACCUCUUCCUUACUAGCAAUGAAACACAAACAGUCAUGGAUGACUUUUUGUCAGCAGACCUGGCGUGGAAUAUGGAGUCUCAUUUCAGCUCUGUUGAAACCCAGACAUGUGAGGAGCUCUAUGCUCUCCUGCAGCAGCCGGAGAAACCCAACAGCUGAAGCCCUCUUAGUGAAGCUGCCUUUGCAGUACAGGUCUCUCAGGCCGUUCUGUUCCUGUAAGAGGAAUCAGCCCAGCUGUCCUCCAGCAGACCACAGUCUUAGCAGUUAGCAGUCUGCGAAAAUGUCUUUGAACAUUCCACUGUAGACAUCUUGUCCAGAGCCUCCAGGUGUACAUCCUGACAACUCUCCUGCACUUUAUUAGCUCAAUGGGCAUGAUUUGAUAGCUCCUGUAACAGUUUACAUAUUUAUUUGCACAUAAAGUAACAUAUUAUUUGUGUCUUCUUUGAUAUGCCAGUUAACUUUUAUGUUUCAGUGUAUAACCAGUCAGAUUUUCACUCUAUGGUCUUACUCGCAGUUUAAAAAUGACUCGUGUCAUCAAUGUUAGAUCUGCACUUCGAAGGGAUAUUCUCUUUAGCCGUGCGUGACUGUCAAGAAAACUGGCUUAUAUAAAAGUAUCGACAGCGUUCAGAUGUGCAUUUACUGCAUUAAAACUCUUUCAUCUCAGCUGUACAGCAAACAACAUUUUGCAUUUAGUUUACAAAAUGCGCAUGAAGCCUUUAGUUAGUCAGCACAGUAACAUCCUAGAUCUAUUCUCAGCCUGCUCCCUUGUUGAUGUUGGUUCAUUAGUUGCAGCAAGACUAAUAACAUCUGAAUAACAUACUGUGAGCUUUACAGCCAGUGGAAAACUUGACUAGAUAGAUAGAUAGAAGAUAGAAUCGGAGGAUGAAACCCUCUUUAUUUGUCACAUACACACACAGUGAAAUUGGUCCUCUGCAUUUAACCCAUCCUAGUACUAGGAGCAGUGGGCAGCUAUCAUUCAGUGCCCGGGGAGCAAUGGGGAGGAGGGAUUGGAGGUGUCCGGUGCCUUGCUCAAGGGCAGGUGAACUGGGAUCUCUCCAAGUAGGUCCACUUUCCAUAUUUCAAGUCUGUUCGGGGACUUGAACAGGUGACCCUACGAUUCCCAGUCCAAGCCCCUACCGACUGAGCCACUGCUGGACUAGGUUUAUGUUUUCCAAAACAAAACCCCAUAAAGCCUUCCACCCUGAACAAGGCAUCGCUAAAAGCUGUUAAGAUGCAUCUCUGAAACACACCAUUACUCAUGCAGGUGUGGCACAAGUGAAACGUAAUUGUUUAUCCUAUUGUUGCACACUUUUCAUUGAAAUGUGAUUGUGAAGUUCGAUGUUGUGUAAGCUGUCAAAUCAGUAAGCAGACUCGGCAGUCAUCGUCUUUGACUUAUUCAUUAGCUAGCUGUAAGAGUAUACAGUGGCAGUGCUGUGUUACUGUACAGAAACACAUAGUGGAUUAGAGCAAGGAUUAGCGCAGAGCUAUUGUAUGUUUUCACAACCUGAUUUUGACUGAAAAGAUCCCUGUUGAAUAUAUUCCAUCAUCAGAUGUUCAACCCUAAACAAUCAGAGCAGUAUUUCAAGUUAUUGCUAUUUUUUUCUCAUGUUACUGUUGCACUAAGUUACCUCACUAAACACAGACCCCACGUGUAGACUGUGUUGUACUGACGAAACAUAAUGCUAUAGGCCUUGGUUAUUUGUUAAUUCUGUUAUGUUGGUGCCUUAACCCAAGUACUAACUUUAGUUCUGUUACAGACGAUUUGCUGCUUCAAAAUAAUUUAUAUUUAUUAAUGCUACUUGUUUUGCAAAGGUAUCGCACUCAAAAGUUGUCCUUAUUUUGUUCCUUUGCAUGUUUAAUCUAUUCUGUAUUGGUAUUUUUAUCAUGUUUGCAUGAAAUAUCAGACUGUCCCUACUCUUUCUCCGUAGUUGAUAUGGAAAGAUUUGUGUUUUGUCUCUUGAAAAUAAUGCUAUUCAGCAUUUAAUUUAACAUAGUUUGCUCAAGGCCAUCUGACUGCUUGUUAUUGGUGAGUUGUUCAUUUGUUUUUGGUUUAACUGAAGAAUGUACAGAACAUACACUGCCUAAGUAAAACAUGCUCCUUUUUUUUGUUGCACACAACAAAUGGUUUAAGGAUCAUUUCCCUGUGUUGAUAAGGAUUUUUACCCUAUCCUACAUUUCAAAUGUCUUGUGUUGAGUUAAAUACUUUGUGGUUCCUGAAUGCAAAUACAGCUGCUCCCUGCUGGUUUAGCGGCACAGGGUAAUGCCUUGCUUUAAUACAGAUCUCUGUAGAAGCCUUGUCAGUCUCAAGUGUCUGUUACAGUGCUUUAUUUUCUCUGUAGGAAGUGCAUGCCGAUAUUUUCCCAGCACAAAAAUAUUUGUCUAAGCGGAAUUUACGUUUCUGUUGCCUAUAUGUGUAGUGCUAAUGGUUGCCUUGAUUAAUUGUUGAUGCUACACUACAGAUGUUCUAAAUAAAAUGCUGGAAAGUGUA